AUGAGCAUCCAUCCUGUUUCUGCUCCAAAAGGCUCAAUGAAGCCCACAGUCUACUUCUGCGAGUCUGUAGAGGACUACCUCAGCCAAGCAGACCCCAUUUUCUCUGGUCGUGAGAUUGAGCAUAGCGUGAUGUUGGGGGCGACGACGUACUUGAAGCAAGACAUUAACUUCUACAACGUGACACCAGAACUGAUGGUCGUGAGAGCGGGGGAAGAACCCGAUGCACCCUUGGUCUUUGUCGCGCAGAUGAUGUACCCGUGGCCAUUGGUCAUCUCCCUUCCCAAUCCUGUCCUUGGUGCUGAGGACUCGGUGCAAUUGGUGGAGGACUCUGUUUCUGCCUUCAUUGCUCAAGCUAUGCCGCGCUUCCGCGAGAAGGACGUUGUUCCCGUCAAACUCGUCGGUCCAAGCAACAUGAUCACGUUGGUGUUCGACGCCAUGGACGACGGCGACAAGAAGAGCUUGAACCGCGGCAAGGACAUCCAGUUCUACCAAGUGACACCAGCCACCUUGACCGACCCUCGCCUCGAAAUGACAAAAGAGAUGGUAGUCCGUCGGUACGAUGCAGAGAAAGAUGACGCCUUUGUUGUAGAGUGGUUGCGCCAAUUCCAAGUGGAUUGUUUCGGUGCCUGCAACGAGAGUGUGCUCCAGAAACAGAUGGCAGAUUACAAAGCAUUGCCUCAUCAUCUGCGAGGUCUCUUCAUCUUGUUUGAUGAUGGCCAGCCCGUUAGUCUUGCUGGUUAUGGGGGCCCAACAACCCACACGAUGCGAAUUGCGAACGUUUUCACCCCUCAACAGCAUCGUGGGAAGGGUUACGGGCAACUUGUCUGUUGGUACGUGACCAAGUGGCUUAUGACCCCUCCCGCUGAAGCACCGGAGCAAGACAACGGUCUUGGAUGCCUUUCCGUUGCCAUUGCUGCAGAUUUGGACAACCCGACCGCCGUCAAGAUCUACACAAGGAUUGGUUUCGCUCCAUGUGUGGAGUUCGUUGAGUUCGAGGAUGCUGCCGGUGUAGCUGCUGCUGCUGUGCGCAGAAAAGGGGACGCGCUUGUAUCAAGGAAGGAUACCAUCUACAUCCUCACCUGCCUCACAUCCACGUUAUCUUGGACAGUCUACCAGAAGGCAGCUCCAAAAAGCCCUAAACUCUGCACCCUAAACCCUGAACGCUGA